AUGACUACCAAACGCCCAAACUUUCUCGUCAUCGUCGCGGACGACUUGGGCUUCUCCGAUGUUGGCUGCUUCGGCGGGGAAAUCCGAACCCCAAAUAUCGACAAACUGGCUUCCCAGGGACAUCGAUUCACCGAGUUCCACGCGGCGGCGGCAUGCUCGCCCACCCGGGCCAUGAUCAUGACCGGGACGGACCACCACAUCGCCGGCCUCGGCAACCUGAUCGAGUGGACCAUGCACAACGGCCAGAACACCACCAAGGGCGGAUCUCUGGAGACCGCGCCUCAGCGGGGCAUGCCGGGCUACGAGGGGUACCUGAACGAGCGCGUUGCCGCCCUGCCCGAGAUCAUGAGGGAUGGCGGAUACCACACCAUCAUGAGCGGGAAGUGGCAUCUGGGACUGACCCCCGACCGAUCUCCUCACACGAGGGGAUUCAAGCGGUCCUUUGCCCACUUGCCGGCCUGCUCGAACCACUUUGCCUACACCCCCGACUUGAAGGAGGAGCAGCCUCCGCGCUUCCUGGAGGCCACUUCCAUCCCGCUGCACAUGGAGGACGACCAUUACGUGAAGGAACUUCCCGAUGGGUGGUACUCGUCAGACGGAUAUGGCGACAUCAUGCUCAAGUAUCUCGAGGAAUGGAAGGGCAUCAAGGACAAGGACAAGGAGGGCGAUCAUCCCUUCUUUGGAUACUUCCCUUUCACUGCGCCGCACUGGCCAUUACAGGCGCCACAGAAAUACAUCAAGAACUAUCGCGGGUUGUACGACGAUGGCCCAGAUGCGCUACGCCUGCGCCGCCUGGAGCGUCUCAAGAAGAUGGGACUAGUCCCGGAAGACGUCAAGCCGCAUCCGGUAGUCGCCGAGGAUUCCCCCGAGUGGGCGGACAUGACGCCGGAGCAGCGCGCCAAGUCUUGCCGGGCGAUGGAAUGCUUUGCCGGCAUGGUUGAGUGCAUCGACGCCAACGUGGGCAAGGUGGUGGACUACCUCGAAUCGAUCGGAGAGAUGGACAACACCUUCAUCUGCUUCCUCUCCGAUAACGGCGCCGAGGGCGCUGCGUACGAGGCAUACCCGAUUGUGCAGACAACCGUCAUGGAGCACCUAAAGCAAUACUACGAUAACAGCCUCGACAACCUCGGCAACGGCAACAGCUUCAUAUGGUACGGUCCCCGGUGGGCGCAGGCUUCGACGGCUCCCUCGCGCCUGUACAAGGCCUUCACGACCGAGGGCGGCAUCCGAGUCCCCUUCGUGGUGAAGUACCCGAAGCAGUUCGAGCCGAUGGCCGGCGGCGAGGCCGCACAGCCCAUCACGCACAAGUUCGCGACGGUUAUGGACCUCGCACCAACGGUCAUCGAGAUGGCCGGGCUGACGCACCCGGCUCCGACGUAUCAGGGGCGGGAGGUGGUGAGGAUGCGCGGCGAGUCGUUCGUCCCCUUCCUGAGGGGCGAGAGGGCGGGCGUGCACGACGCAGAGUUCAUCCAGGGAUGGGAGACGUGCGGGCGCGCGGCAAUCCGCAAGGGCGACUGGAAAGCUGUCUGGAUCCCGAAGCCGAAGGGGCCUGACCGGUGGCAGCUGUAUGACCUGAGCCGGGACAAGGGCGAGAUCGAGGACCUGUCGGGGGAGGAGCCCGAGAGGAUGAAGGAGCUGCUGAAGCUGUGGGACGACUACGUUCUCGAGACUGGGAUUGUCACGUUGUGUCCCGACCAGGGGAGGUUCGUCGACGCGAUGGAGGAGCAGAUGACUGAGACGGGCUGGAUGGAGUACGAGCACUGGCAUAAGGGUGCCCAGCCUGGAGGUCCAAACAUGCAGAAGUUCAUGACGAAACCCCCCCGGUUCCAGAGAACCGUGAACCAAAUUUGA